AUGCUGUCCUUCUGGGAUGUGGCCAUCGAGUUCUCUCCGGAAGAGAGAGAAUGUCUGGAGCCUGCUCAGUGGAAUCUGUACAGGGAUGUGAUGUUGGAGAAUUACAGCCACCUUGAGUUCCUGGGUCUUGCUGUCUCUAAGCCACACCUGGUAACAUUUCUGGAGCAAAGACCAGAGCCUUCAGAUGGGGAGAGACAAGCAGCAGCCACCGUGCACCCAGGAAAAACACCCACUGAUUAUAACAUUUACAACAAGGCUACUGUUUGUAACUUAGUGUGUAGUCACCGCCAGAGAAUUCACAGGAGGGAGAAGCGGUACAAGUUUGAGGAAUGCGGUAAGGGCCUUAGUUCUCAUCAAAAUCUUUCCAUGCACCAGAGACUUCACACUGGAGGAAAACCCUUCACCUGUGAAGAAUGUCACAAGGCCUUCUGUACUCGCUCAUCACUUUUUAUACAUCAGAAAAAUCAUACUGAUGAAAAAACCUACAAGUGUGGAGACUGUGGCAGAUCAUUUUACUAUCCUUCAAUGCUGAAACAGCAUCAAAGAACUCAUUCUGGGGAGAAACCCUACAAGUGUGAAGAGUACGGCAAACCCUUUACCUCAUUUUCAUACCUUAGAGAACAUCAAGUAACUCACUCCAAAGACAGCCCCAACAAGUAUGACAAGUGUGGCAAAUCAUUGUCCUCUAAGGGAGCACUGAAGAGACAUCAAAUGGUUCAUUCUAGAGAGAUACCCUACAAGUGUGAUGAAUUGGAGAGCACCUUUCCUUAUCGCUCAUCCCUUCUGAGACUCAGGACAGUUCACACUGGAGAGAAACCCUGCAAGUGUGAAGAGUGUGGCAGAGGUUUUUACUCCUCUUCAUCCCUUCAGAGACUUAAAAGAAUUGUCCUUAAAAGACAGUUCCUCCAGUUCCCACAUACUCUCACUGCCUUGGCUCACAUGCACACAAUCUGUGUGAAAUCUGUGGCAGCUGUUAUCUUUAUCCCUUGGACGUCAUCAAGAAAGUCCAUUAUGAAGGCAUUCCCUAUAAGUGUGUAG